AUGCUCGAAGACUCGAGGCUCUACCCUGAAUUGGCACCUCGCCAACCACGCGAAGUCAUCUCUGUCUCAUCCUCUGCAACGUCUUCCACGGGUGGUGGCCGUUCUCAAGCAAGGACUCCCCAAGUUAACAUCUCGGACUCAGAAUCAGAGUCAGGAUCGGUGUCUAGUGAUGACGAUGGAGACGCUGCGCCUAGCUCGCGUUCAAGCCGACCACCCGCGACGAAGACGAACACAGUAAAUCAAGGGACCAUCCCCCUGAAGAAGCCAGUACUCCCUUAUUUCCCAACUACAGACGCGUCGAGACCAAAUCUCCCAGGUGCCUACAUUCCAGCUGCAGGGAUUCCCAUACGUAUACCAAGUAACGGAGCUUCACCUUUCGCGGCGGCGGUGUCGAAUGAUGCCGAACCAGGGGAAUUGAUUGAUUUACCGCAGCAGACAUAUAUUGGUGACUUCAUGGCCAAUACUGACACGGAGAAAGCUCUGAAAGAGCUGAUGUCGGGAAGUAUGAACGAUGAAGAGGUUGACAUCGAUAUGGCAGAGGCCAUAGUAAAAGGCUUCAAGGAGAACAUCCGUCUGCUACCUCACCAGGUGGUUGGGAAGAAGUGGAUGAAAGAGCGUGAAGAUGUAACGCAGAAACGCUACGGCGGUAUUCUUGCUGACGAUAUGGGUCUGGGUAAGACAAUCCAAGCGCUUGCUCGAAUUGCCGAAGGGCGCCCUCGCAAGUCUGAUAAAGCUGAUGGCUGGGACGCCUGCACUCUUGUUGUUUGCCCGUUGGCUUUGGUGGGACAAUGGGCCGACGAAAUUAAGAAGAUGUGCACCCAGCUCGAAGUUCUGCAGCAUCACGGACCCAGCCGACCGACAGACCCAAAUGUUCUUCGCCGUCAUCAUAUUGUCGUCACUACGUAUGAUGUUGUCAAGUCGGAGUACGCCGUCUACCGACCAGAUGUGAAAGACGAAUCGAAGAGCAAGGCAAAGAAGAAGAAAGCUGCAACGAGUGACAGUGACGAUGACGUACCAGUGGUCAAGAAGGUUGCAAAGAAAGGUCCCAAACGCGACGCUAUAUUCCGUAUCAAAUGGUGGCGCGUGAUAUUGGAUGAGGCGCAUAACAUCAAGAACCACAUCACGAAAGGCGCAGUUGCUUGCUGCGACCUUGAUGCAAAGUUCAGAUGGUGUCUCACCGGCACUCCGAUGCAAAACGGCGUCAUGGAAAUCUACUCACUGCUCAAAUUUCUCCGGAUCAAACCCUUGAACAAUAUCUACACCUUCAAAGAGCAAAUUGACAAACCCAUCAGAAUGGGUCAACACGCGGGACUUGCGAUGAAACGGCUACAGGUCGUCCUCAAAGCCAUCAUGCUUCGCCGGACAAAGACCGACACCCUCAACGGGAAGAAGCUCAUCGAGCUUCCUGCCCGAGUUGUCGAAAUCGUCAAUUGCAAGUUCAACCCGUCUGAGCGCAACUUCUACCACGCUUUGGAAAACCGAAUCGAGGCGAUGCUCGAGAAAUUGAUGGCUCAGGAUCAUGCCAACUAUACCUCCGUGUUGUUGUUGCUCUUGCGGCUUCGUCAAGCUUGUAACCAUCCCGGAUUGGUUGCAAAGGACUAUAAAGAAGAUCUGUCAGCUGUAGACUCCACGGCGGCAAAGAACGCCGAUGACAAGGCGGACGAUGCUGACGAGCUCGCGAACGCUUUCGAGUCCCUUGGUGUAACGAAGAAAUGCAAAGUUUGCCAGGAGGAAUUGAACAGCACGAAUGUCGACAAGAGACUAGAUGAUCAUUGUGAAGCUUGCGGAGACCUUGCAUACGAGGCACGGCUGAAGAGCAGUGAACGUCCUGAUUCAGCCAAGAUCAGAAUGAUCCUAAAGUUACUGCAAGAUGUCGACGAUCGCUCGGCCGGGGAAGAGAAGACCAUCAUCUUCUCUCAGUUCACGAGCAUGCUGGAUCUGAUCCAACCCUUCUUGAGGGAAAAGGGGGUGAAGUUCGUCCGAUAUGAUGGCUCCAUGUCUCGUCCCGAACGCGAGGAAAGCCUUGACGCCAUCAAGAAGAAACCUAAUGUCCGUUGCAUCUUGAUCUCAUUCAAGGCUGGUAGCACAGGUCUGAAUUUGACUUGCUGUAACAACGUCAUCCUGGUUGAUCCCUGGUGGAAUCCUGCACUUGAGGAUCAGGCCUUCGAUCGCGCUCACAGAUACGGACAGACCCGCGAUGUCAAUAUUUACAAGCUCAUGAUUGCAGAAACCGUUGAGGACAGGAUCUUAGAGCUUCAAACGAAGAAGCGGGCUCUUGCACAGGCAGCAUUGAGCGGCGACAAGCUCAAGAACAUGCGCCUUGGCAUGGACGACCUUCUCGCUCUAUUCCGACCAGGUGGCCGUGACGACGACGACGACGAGGAAGACUUCUAG